AUGCUUUUAGCAGUUAGGUGGCAAUUGGAAGUGGCAGCUACACAAGGUUGGAACAAAGUGGCAUGCUUACUGAAUUCUGCGAGUUUUGUGCUCAAGCUCAAGGACCGCCGCGCCGGGCCCUCGCGCCGUGACACCCUUAACGGGCCUUCAGACGGACAAUUUUUCCUCGCCACGCCGCUACGUCCCUCGCGCCGCUACACUUCCCUGCUCCACGAUGGCCGCCACGCCGCGACGAUCUCCACGGGCAUACAGAGGCUCCAGGUCCUUCCAACUGUCGCGCCGCGUCCCAGCCUAGCGCCGCUACGAGAUCGAUCGCCGCGCCGUGUCAAGACCGCCGCGCCGCUACGAACCUUCCUGCCACGCCACGCCGUGAGCUCCACGCCGUGA